AUGGCUUCACAGAGAGCGUCCCUCUCGGUCCCGCCAACGCAGAAUACCGCACCCGUGAUCAAGUUUCAAUGCCUCUUCACCCACGAUAUCAAGCGGAAGGCCAAGAGGUGGCAGGAUGGAUUUCUGCGAUUCCAUACCUUCAACAAGCGGGUGAUGGUCUAUGAUUCCUCGGGGAAUUUGGUCGGCGAUCUACAUUGGCGAGACCGCGAUAUGUUGCAGGAUGGAGACGAGUUUGAAUUGGAGAGGGGCGUCAUGGUCCAGGCGGGCGAACAGCUUGAGAGUACAGUGACUGACCUGACGGGGCUGCUAGAUAAACGGAAACCGUCACCCAAAAAGCCGAGCCAGACUCAGACCUACCAGAGCAGCAGCAAUAACGAACGAACAAAUGAUUUUAGAACACCUUAUCCGUCAAGCGGGAGGCUCAAAUCGCUGAACGAAGUUUUGGGGAUAAAGAAGAACACACCCGCAGCGAGGGUGGUGAGAUCCCCGUACGAGGAGCGGGCAAGGAUGAAUCAGAGUAUGCGAGCAUCCGACGGGAUAGAGAGACCGACCAAGAAGCGAAAACCCUCUCCUGUAUGCGAUCUAGAGGAGUCACGGCCGCCGUCGCCAUCAGUGUCACCACCACCACCACCACCACCAGGACCAGCAAGACGAUCACCACCGCCAGAACGAGGCAUCUUUAAGGCUACCCGAACCCCCAGAGAAGGUCCUCCUAACGAUACCCACCAGAGGACCACACACCCUCCAGUCCGGACAUCAGGCGGUGUUAAAGAUUUGUGUGACAAGACCUCAAAUCCACGACAAUCCAACUUUGCAUCCGCCUCAAAUGCCUCAUUCCGUCCUGCGAGUACGGUCGAAGUCGAACCCACCCCCUCAAAGGAUCGACGAAAAAAGUCUAGUAGUAAAACAUCAUCUAAUCAACAAUCUCUUACUACCAUGUUUGGAAAUCUGCCAACAACGACUCUUGAGGUCGCUCCUAGGCAGCCUCGCAAGAAACUUAUAUUUGUGGAUAGGCUUGCUGAACAAGAAGCCAAAUCAAUAGAAAAACGAAAAGCGGCUGAAAAUGCAACUCUGACAGCCGACUUAUCCAGGAGACCAGAUAAACCCAAGCCAUCAUCCGCCUUGACGCCUAGAGAUAAAAAUAUAAACUCAUACCAGUCUACCGCACAAUUUCUUAAAGACGAUGACAACGAUAGCGAGGCCCCUCAUGCCUCGCCACAAAAGUCAACGAACUUAUUGGGGUUUUUUAAGCCAGCUACAGUCGCUGCUCGACAAAGUGAUGGUCAGCACAACGAGGGCGAUGCUACUAUGAGGGAGUCAAAGUGCCCUACGCCUAAACGGAAUUCUACGGUCAUCCAGCGGAGUCUCUCAGCUACCGACCCAAUCAUUCAGGAAACCUCGGAGUCCGCUCCAGUCCCGGAGGAGACCACACUCCAGGCUGGGCCUAGUGAAGAUCACCCACGAACAUUACAGUCUGAGAGGAAUGCACCCCCUGAGAGGUCAGUUUUGGAUCCAUCCGCCUUAAAACCACCUCAGCCUGUGGUUAAGAAACGGAGUGUCCAAACAAAAUUUUUUCCAGACAGAAUAAUCCCACCGCCCGUGGAUGAACCAGAAGAGGAAGUCGAACAAGGGCCAUGGACCACAGAGGCACUUGAUUUAUUCGACUGGUGGCCUCCAGGUCGACCGAAGCCAGCGGCCGUCAGCGUACCCUGA